CUCCCCAAUAAUAGACGCACACUGUGCACAGCCAGCCUGCGGUUUGGCAUAAUUCCCCCCAUCCUCCGGCCCACACCUCGUCUCCUCUACGCCCCAUCUGUCACUCUUUGCCCACUUUCCCUUUCCUUUGCCUUUUAUCCCUCUGUCCCCCUGCAUCCUCCAAUCCUCCAUCCGCCGCCUUCUUUUUCUGCAGUCGCUGUCUCGUUCCUCCGCACUUCUCCCCCUCCCCGUUGCACUCUCUCACUCGCUCGCUCGCUUGUCUGUCUGUUCUCCCUCUCUGCGCCGGUGCAUCUCAUUCCUCUCAUUCAUUUCAUUCACAGAGAUCAUUCCCAUCGCCAACAAAAGCCCCCUCCUCUUCUCUCCCUUGCAGCCUCCCUCUUUUCUGUAGCAAUAUCACACCAUGCUUCCGAGGCCAAAACGAUUCAUCCUCUGCGGCGUCCCCGUAACGUACGAGCUCGCUCUCCGCAUCUUCCUCCUCGCAGUAACCCUCGGAAUGCUCGUCGCCGCUUCCCUCCCAAAGAUAAACUCUAUCCUACAGCAGGCUAACGUCGUCUCCGUGAGCUUGACCGAGAUCGACACGAUCGCUGCUCCAGGCAUGCUUGUCUGUGGUGAACGUAUGGACUCUGUCGAUGUCCAACUGCUAACCCGCGGAGUCACCUACCCAAACGGCACUAACGGUCCCGAUGUUGUUAGACCUGCUCCUGCCGAAUUUAUCAACAUAUCCAGUGCUACUGCGCUCAAUCUACGUGCCAAUGGCGACUGGCCCUCGGAGGGCAAUUGUGUGGUAUUCAGUCCGAAGGGGAACGUUCUCUUUACAGAGAACAACGAUGGAUCAAACAGGAACGCAACGGACCAAAUCAUCUUUGUGGUGCAAAGUAAUACCAAUUUCACCGGGGCAGAGGAUGUUGGCCUAUCGAUAGCGAUGUGGGAUGGCAAUCUCGAGAUGCAACUUCAACAGGCAAUGUGGGUCGGGAUUCCGUCGAUCAAUACCCUGACAUUUGUCUAUACCGAGCACAAGGUACUGAACUCCGCCGAACCUCAGAAGCACUACACCCUUCAAAAGCAAAAUCUCCGGAUGAUGCAUGCUGGAUUUUUCGAAGACCAGAAAGUAAUCGGACGGGUCCUCAUCUCUCCAGACACGUUCUACGUCAACAAAUACAUCGACAAGCAAAGUUACACGUGGGUCGACCUUGCAGGAGCCGUCGGAGGAAUGGCAUCGAUCGCCCUGGCAGUCUGGAUCUUUUUGUUCGGGAGUGGCAAAUACAAGAGCUGGGGCAUCAUGCAACGAUACAUCCUGCGAACCUCACCCAAUUCAGAACGUUAUCCUACCCAGAACGGAGAACAAGGGCAAAGGAGCGUAUACGAGGCCACAAUAUUAUUUUUCAAAAAGCAGCUCUCACGCUUAGACAGCAGUGCAGAUCCUGAUCAGUUGGAUGAUCAUCUCCCGCUCAAGUCCCCCGGCUUGACCUUACAGGAUCGGCGGCUCUCGGCGCGGUAUAGCACAGCGAUGAGCAUGAGCACUGCCAACGCGGCGGCCGCUGCAGUGACAGGGGGGGCUGCAGGCUUGACGAUACACCCGAAUAAGGGAUCCGGCAAUGCAGAUAUGGAUCAUAUCGCCUUGGGUCGAUACUCGGCGGAAUCCUCUGGUGGACCGGCAAACUACUACUUUUCGGAGCAGGGUAUACCUAGAUCGCAGUCGUUGCGACCGUUGGCACCGAUUAAUGCGGAAGGCGGAGAGGAGGAUGAGGAGGAGCAGGUGAGUGAGUUGAUCCGGUUGAUUGACCUGAGGAUCGACGAGCGCAUGUGGAGUUUGGAAAGGACGUUGGCGAGAUAUUAUCUGGAGGGAUUCAGGUUGCGCAAUUAUUCGUCGCAGUUCCUUAAUGGGGGAAGGGCAUCUUAUUACCCGGUAGGAGACAUUUCGCCGGGGAUGCCCAGGGGUGUGCGGGAUGAAGAAGAGGGAUCGGAUAGAUAUUCCCGCCUGGAGCUGCUACACACACACUCAGGAAGCUCUGGGGAUUAUACAGCCUACUCUGGAUCGGAUCUUUCUACGCCCGCUGCACCGCCGUACCCUCCUCGACCGCAAGUGAGGCAAGAAUAUGGGUACAUUGGUGAGGCAGUAGCUGGUAAGGAGGAGAAUUCCAAACCAGCUCCUGCACCAAACUCAACAUCGACAUUAGCAUCGAUGUCAGUGCCAGCACCGGGAUCAACACAUACACAUGCGCCGAUGCAUGCAGCAAAUCGGCCGCCAGCAGGACCAUCAUCGCAAGGGGGAAGCAGCAACAGCCUGCUUGAACCACCUGGAUUCCCACAUCGGAAGGACAUGAGAGGCACGAUCCGGCGGGCAGUGGAGAGGCUGCAGAACGAGUGGCCACAGAACCAGGUACCAGAGGUGCCGUAUGUGCCCAGGACGCAGUACCAAGGCGGAGGAAACAAUGGAGGUGGUCCUUCGCGGUUUUAAGCCGUGAAAGACAUGAACUGAGGAGCUCCAUUUUAUACAUCUUUCUGAAUAAAAGUAAUAAAAAUUAAAAAUUAAAAAAAUAAAAGUAAUUGGC